UUUGUGGUUACUGAUAUUUAUCGCGUAUUAUUUAAGCUAUUAUUUAAGCUUUCUUUUCGUGUCUACAUUACCAAAUACCAAGAAUACAAAUUUAUUUUUAAAACAAAAGGUUGGCUUAUUUUCUUUACAAUGGCUAUAAAUCUUUUAAAACAAAACUUGCAAAAAAUAUGA